CAUCGUAUUGAAGAUAAAUCCACCACAAGAUCCACCAUAUAUCCACAUGCCUUUCACAAACGUACCGUGGCUUCUUUUCUUUCACUCUCUAAAACCAUGAGGAGGAGUUCAAAGCUGUUUCUAAGUGCCUCCAUAAUUCUCCUUAUAUCAACCUUGAUCUCGGUUAUUCGUAUUAGGUUUUUCGAUGCUGAUAAGAAGUACUUGUCCAAUGAUCACAAACAGUUUCAGUACCAGUACUCGGAAGUUAUUCCGAUCACCGGUGCGGUUGGACCCGAGAGCUUUGCCUUCGACCCACAAGGUGAAGGUCCAUACACGGGCGUAUCGGAUGGUAGGAUUAUCAAGUGGCAAGGGAAACAACGCCGGUGGAUCGAUUUUGCCGUAACUUCUCCGGCUGAGGCCAGAGAUGGGUGUGAGGGAUCACACGAUCAUGAUCUAACGGAGCACAUGUGUGGGCGUCCAUUGGGCCUACGGUUCAACGAAAGGACAGGUGAUCUGUACAUUGCGGAUGCAUAUAUGGGCCUUGUGGUGGUGGGUCCUGAUGGUGGUUUGGCCACUAGGGUUGCAACACAAGCACAAGGCAUUCCUUUCGGUUUCACCAACGCUUUGGACAUCCAUCCAACUACUGGAGUUGUGUAUUUUACAGACAGCAGCUCACUCUACCAGAGAAGGAACCACAUCUCUGUGAUAGUCAGUGGUGAUAAAACGGGGAGGCUAAUGAAAUAUGACCCUGAAAGCAAAGAAGUAACAGUUGUUCUGGACAAUCUCUCAUUUCCAAAUGGAGUGGCAUUAAGCCAAAACGGCGACUUCAUCCUUGUUGCAGACACAGCCAACUGUAGAAUCUUCAAGUUUUGGCUCCAAACAUCCAAACUCCAAGUCUUGGCUGAACUCCCCGGAUUCCCAGAUAAUAUCAAGCGGAUUCACGGAAAAGGAGAUGAGUUUUGGGUGGGAAUUCAUUCGAGAAGAGGAAAGUUAGUGAGAAGGGUAUUAGUGUCAUUUCCUUGGCUUGGAAAUGCAAUGGUUAGACUACUUCCCUUUAGCAUUACAAAACUACACUCGUAUGUAGUCGCUAAUUUUUUGAGAGGCGCCGGGUUUGGGUUGGGAGUGAAGUUGAGCAGCCAAGGUGAUGUGUUGGAAAUGUUGGAGGAAAAUAAAUGGAAGUUUAUUAGUGAAGUAGAGGAGAGGAAUGGAAGUUUGUGGAUUGGAUCCGUUAAAAUGCCUUUUGCGGCAAUUCAAAUAUUAUAAUAUUAAUCUUACACAUCGCCAAUACAAUUAUUUUUUUUAAGCCCAUGCAAAAUCAUAUAUAUAUAUAUGUAUCUUGGGCUGGAAGUUUAUGUCCAUAAUUAUUUUGAAGUCAUUCCAUAUCGCGGUUGUUGAAUACUCCCAUCAAUCAAAACGAGGUAUUGUAGAAUGAGGGGUUAAGGUUUGUCAGGGAGGCUAAAGAUAAUAUGAUAUAUAUAUAUAUAUAUAUAUAUAUAUAUAUAUUUCCACAUGUACGUCUUCAUGUACAGUUGACAAGUGUCCCUCUGCCAUUAACAUCUUGCCACAUAGAAUGUGACCACUGACCAUGCACAACAUUGAAAAAAUUUCAACAUCUAUGCCGAUCAGAUAAGGUAAUCUUAUUUUGGGUAGACAUCAAUUUCAACACUGACAUUAAUCCCCUGCUGGUUGCUACAGUGGUCUCACUCAUUGAUGCUGCUACUUUUUCUGUGAUGCCAAACAUACCACUAGAAAAAAUACAGUAGAUGAAAACUACACAAACUACAUUAUUAAGUUGGACCACACAUCUCAUCUCAUCAUCAGCAUCAGCAUCAGCAUCAGCCUGGGCCCCGGGUGGAUCGGUUUCUUUCCGUGUUGAUAACUCCGGAGUAACGCUUACGGGCCACCUUUGUAGCCUUGUGUCCACAAGUUGUAAUUGGAGUGGGUCCGUUAAAAUCUUCUUCCACAAGAAACGACUUUUGUCAACCUACUUUGUACUUCCACCAAUUUCCAUCCUCAAUUAAUCAUGUGGCUUGCCUUUAUUAUUCAUUUUAUUUUUAUUUUUUUAUGGCCAAGAUAUGAUGUUAUACAAGACAAUAUUUCUAAAAUAA